GAGGCGAGGAGAGAGACGUGGUGACGAGGACACGAACGACUACACCGCGACGACGACAACGAUUGUACUCCGAUAACAUAGUCGAAGGCGUGAGAGUGGUGCUUCUUGAGGGACAGUGAUUGACAGUUUUAUGACUCCUACGCGAAUCAUCGUGACGUUUAUGAGACGGCAAAGAUGGUUACCGUGCAAGAUAUCGGUUUGCAGCUUACGAAACCAGUGAAGGAAUUAGCGGAAUGGAACUUUCCUUUUUCACAGACUCUGGAAAAAUAUUGUUCUUUGUUCAACACGACGUGCAACAAAAGUUUUGGCGAGGCUGGACUUGUCCUACAAAAUUCCACGGCUGUGUACGUGCACAGAAUCGAUUCUCUGUGGACUACAACCGAAUGUUGCAGAAAUGAAUUAUUGAUUCACGAGCAAGAAGAAGCGACAAAAAAUCCCGCUAAAAAGAGAGAUAGAAAGACUGACGCGUGUUUUCACAAGUUCAAAACUGUCAACUUUGCGGAAGAAGUAGAUAAAAAUAUUGACAUUAAAAAGAAUCAUAUAGUACACGAUUCUGUCAAAUCUAAAAGCCGCCGAUUUACUCAGUUGGAGAAGGGUAUCGCACAACAUGUCUCUAUUGACAUUUAUGAUGUAAAUGGGGAAGUCGUCGGCAAGAAAUAUGAUUUCCGGUGCAAUCAAAAUAUAAGUAGGGAUGGUAUAUUGGUCGACGAGUUUGCGCCUGAAGAUUUUUGUUGCGGAGAUGACUCGGUCAAAGAAAAAUCACAUUAUUCAUAUGGACUUUGUGAUACGUCGGAUUCCACAAUACGCGACGAUAAUAAUGAGAAUAUCAACAUGGACGCCGAGUGUGAAAGAGACUGUGAUUCGCCAGAAGAAGAGAUUUCUGAUUUGGUUACGUCUUUGGAGUUAAGCCAACAAAAUCUCUCUCUAUCCAGAGAUACCGAGACCGACGACACGCUUGUCAAAACGCCAACGAAUAUUUCAAGCGAUAGUUGCCACGACGCGACUCUCACCAAUAUUCCGAGUGAGACGUGUCCAGAUACACCCACCGAUGCAACUUCGCCGGUAAUGACUAAUCUCGACAAUACUGUUUCAUCAAAUAACAAUGAUUCGGAAGAUCAAUGCUUGAACAAUAAUAUCAAGGGAACCAUAGACGUCGGUAGUCUACUAGAUAGCCCGCCCGAGUCGGUAAAUUCGAAAGGAAGAAGGACUUCGUCGACCGACGAUCCAGCGUCGUUGAACGAUUCAAACGGGGAUCUAGCGAAAGCAAAAUCAUUUGCCAAUUCUGUACAAAAUACACCAUUAGAUAAAAGUAGAAAGAAUAAAACGCAACGUUCCACUACAAAGUCCAAAUCGAAAUCGUUGAAGCGAAAGCCACCCGCAUCGCGUAAGAAACGAGAAAGUAAAACGAGGAGAAAUCUCCUGCUUAGCUUGGAAGAUUCGUAUUAUUCCGCAAAAGAUAGACCAAAUAUGUUCAAGGAAAACUCGCGUACUUGUAUGAAGUAUAUACAAAAGUACGAUCCUUUGCAAUACACAGACGUUACAAACGCCGAAUUAGAUCUUUUAGGAUUUCGAUUACACGACAAUACUGAGUUGGACACACAUAUCAGCGAUGAUGUAACGAUGAAUGUCAACGAUAACUUGACUUCGAUCGAUGGGAUUUCGGAGCUUCACAGUCCGAGUCCUAUGGACACGUCGACUCCGUACGAAAGUUUCUGUGACGUUUGGUUUCGUUCAGACUCGCCAAAUUUCGUGCCGGAAAAUGUCGACAAGUGGCACGAAAUGAUACAGCCAAAGUAUGACGUGAUCGAGAACUUUUGCCGUUCGUCUGCGAAGUAUUGUCCACCAGGUCUCCCCGGUGCGCCCGGAAAUCCGGGUACACCCGGCGAACCGGGUCUGCCGGGCGCUCGGGGGAUGGACGGCCUUAAGGGGCCUCCAGGCCAUCCUGGUGUCCGAGGGCCCAAGGGUGACAUCGGGCCACCGGGUUUCGACGGAAGGGACGGGGUACCGGGUGAGCCCGGUUUGGACGGUAUUCCCGGUAGAAGUGGUCUGGACGGCGUACCGGGGAGCAACGGUAAGCCGGGUAUGAACGGAUCGCCUGGACUCCCUGGAAGAAACGGAACGGACGGAAGACCAGGGCAAAUGGGACCUCAGGGACCACAAGGACCUCGCGGAGAGAUAGGCCCACCUGGUCAUUCAGGAGCGCCCGGGAAGGAUGGCAAAUCAGGCAUACAGGCAUACAAGUUACACAUGAACGAUGACAACGAGAAUGACCUGUUAAUACCGCCAUCCAUCAUUGAGAUUACACCGUCGUUAAACUCAAGUGGCGUGAUUUCUGUGCUCGAAGGUAGCAAAAUACGGCUGAGGUGCGCCGCGAGUGGAAAACCGCAGCCCGUUAUACAAUGGACCAAAAUAGACGGUUCCAUGAUACCCAUGGGCCCCUGGCAUGUGAGCUCUGUUACGGGCCAUACAUUCAACAUCAGCGUGGUGACCCGGGAACACAUGGGCGAGUAUGCGUGCAACGCUAAUAACGGAAUACCUCCAGCAGUCUCCAAGAGGUUCAAGCUUCAAGUCAGAUUUUCGCCGUUCAUUCGCAUACGCAACCAAGUGGUACUCGUGCGAAACCAAAAUCCGGCGACAUUGGAAUGCGAGGUGGAAGGCUUUCCCGAGCCGGUGGUACAUUGGGAACGCAGUGACGGCCGUCGUCUGAAAAUGUCGGAUAAGUACAGAACGGAGGUUUACGACAGGCGCGAUAAUUAUAAGCUGAAGAUGAAGCUGAGAAUCGCGAGGGUGACUUCGUCGGAUCACGGGACCUACCACUGCGUGGCAAAAAACGAUCUUGACGUUGUCAAGGGAUCCUUUAUAGUAGACGAUGACAUAAAGGAUCUCGAGAAAUACAAAAUGGGAAAGAUGGAGCAUGUAACGUACGGCUAUCCAAUGCCCACGAGCGUCGAUCAGGAGCAAGAAUCGUGCAUUCCUGCGCAAGAAACCUGCACGACGUGUCCGAAGUGCACGUACCUAGACAUAAUGGACCACGUGCACGUUCAACCGUUGAGAGAUAUUAAUAAUACGUGGCUGCCGUCGCGGUUAGCCGAGGGUUUCAUAGAGGCGAUAGGAAAACCUGUGCUGAAAGGGGACGAUCACUACGGAAGUUGGAUGUACGAUACGUCCUCCAGUAACGAUAUCAUGCCCGAUCACAGACUUUGGGUCACCCGCCACAACGAGACGUCCUUCAUCUACGAAUACAAAACGAAGGAGCACUUUAACAACAACACGCCGACUGAUCCGAAAUUAUUACACUUUCCUUUCCAGGGUAAUGGGCACGUGGUUUACGACAAGUCGUUUUUCUAUAACCCUAUGAAUCGACCGUCGAUACUUCGAUACGAUCUCUCGGGUCACCGGGCGUGCACCGACUUUUUACCCAAAUGCGAGCGGAUGCUUCCGUGCUUGGAGGUCGACGGCCAGAACCAUCUCUACACGCAUAAUUUUACCUACACGGAUAUUAACGUGGACGAAAACGGUUUAUGGGUCAUUUACCCAUUAUCACCUAAUUGCAGCGGUACGCAUAAAAAUACAGUAGUAGUGAAAAUGGAUCCAAUUGAAAUGCAGAUACAGUACGCGUGGAAUAUCAGUAUCGAUCACCGUCGAUUCGCGGAGAUGUUUAUCGCGGGAGGCGUGCUUUACGCUAUACGCAACGUCACCAACAAUACUAUGGAAAUACGAUACGCCCUCGAUCUCUACAAAAAUACAACGCUGGAUGUAAACUUGUCGUUCACGAACCCCUACCACAAGACCACGGCAGUCAGCUAUAAUCAUAAGACUAAGGAGCUCUACACGUGGAACAAGGGCAACCGAUUAGCCUACCCCUUGAAAUGGCAAGAGGCAACUGAGAAAGUACCGUCUUCACGACAUACGCAUGCACCGCGAAGAAACGCGCGUAGGAGCGUCGUUAAUCGCCACGAGAACAUUAAUUAAACAAGUUUGACGUGUAACGAGUUCUCUCCUUUCGAGCCUCCUCGAGCGCGUAUUUAUCUUGUAACACGUGUCAAAAAUAAAACAGUUUAAGCGAGA